CUAUCGGAGUAUCGUUUGUACGGUCGUGGUGUACUUCUAUCCUCCGUUUCUCGCUCCAGUUUUGUCCCACUUCCUUUCAAUAUUUUUCCGAGCAACGCUGACGCAUCGGUGCACCCUUCUCAUGAUAAACAGCGAGGUUGAAUGCGUAAAAAUCAUAAGAGUGCACGUAAUGAGUAGUUAAAACGUUGCAUUCUCAUCUCAUCUCCGUCGUGUACGUGUGUGUGUGUGUUUUUUUACGAAGAAAUUCAUCGACGGUGCUGUAACAUUAAAAGAAAAUAAAUUUACGUUAUUUUCUACUUAAACGUGUGUCCUUGGAAAAAGAAAAAUGACCAAGUACUCGACACUCACGGCCGCGGUGUUCCUUUUUGGAUUUCUUGGACACACCUAUUCGCAAGAGAAUAUGCCCACCGCUGAGGAGGUGUUACAUAAAGUAUCUAAUAUCGUAGAUACUAGUAAUCUCAACAUAUCAGGAAAUACAGAUUUGAAUACUCAGCUUAACUCAUCUGUGAUACAAGCUAUCGACGAAGUGAAGAAUGUUUUUAAACAAAAAUGUGAUAAAAACGGAGGACCUGACGCAUACGACAAUGCCCAGAACGCUAAAGAUCGCUUGGAGCAGUGCCUUAAAUCGUUUGUUAAUAUUACAGAGUUAGAGCAUGAAAUGGAAAUAAACAAGCCUGUUGGAAAUUUGGACAUGGUUUUCAAAAAAUACUGCCAGAAAACCCCUGUUCUUAAAAAAUGUAUCAGCGACUUUACCACAGCUAUAGAGCCUUGUUUGGAACCAGCUGAACGAGAAAAUAAAAAGAUCGUUCAAAAUAUUACCGAUUCCCUCUUAAAUUUUGUAUGCUACAAAGAAGGAGAUCGUAUUGCUCUUUUCAUAUCUGCUAAUGGACCAGAAUGUUUACAAUCAAAGCAACAAGCAAUUCAAAACUGUCUUAAUACAACAUUUGGUAGUUACGCACCUCCCCUUGAUUUUAACAAUGGAUCUGCGCCUGGAUUGGACAAUCUCCCAUCCUUAAUUCUGGGAAACAAAGAAUGCAACGAUAUCUCCAGCCUUCAGGACUGCGUGGUGAAAGAAUUGGAAAAGUGUUCGGAUCCAACACCUGCAAACGUUGUAGAUUCUAUAUUCAGAUUUAUCUUAAAAGAAACUCCGUGCCGAAAUAUAAUAUUAGAUAAAAGUGCCGCUUCAACCUCUACAGUUAGUUUGCUGGUAAUAACGACUAUAGUAUCUUUAUUAUUAAGGAAAUACAUGUUCGUAGGUCAUGGUGGAAAAAGAGCUGAAUUAACAUCCGACGAGGACUCUGUUAAUGAUGCAUGCAGUGUGACCAGUAGCCAGUCUGAUAAUCGCAGCAUGUUAGACGACGUGAACGACAACGAGGUAGAUGAAAUUUCCCAGCAAGAGGCCUUCGAAGAGAAAUUGAAGGAAGCUAUAGACGGUUUAACCCAGAAGAGCGCAAAAGGGAGAACUAUUUGCUUCAAUGGAAUUGAGAAGAUCUUUGCCAUUAAAUACGUCCCGGAUUUCGUGGAGGAUAGAAAAAUGACUAUCACAGAUUCCAUAGAACGGGGAUUGAAGAAGGGACGUAGCGAGGAACAGUCGACAGCCGCUAGAUUGAGCACUUUGCUCUGCGUUCAACUGGGAGCCUUCGAGAGUGCCGAGACGGUAUGCCGUGAUUUGAAAAGUAUCCUGACCUUCAUUGCGAGCGACCCAACAGCCUCGACUCAAGCUCGAGCAGAGUGUUGCUGGGCUCUGAGCAUGAAUCAAUUUCUGUCAGGAAACGAUGCGGCGGACACCAUCGAGAUCGUUCAGUUAUUAUCAAAUAUUUUUUCUGGUUCUUACUUAAAAGGAAAUGGUGCUCUUGCAAAUAUUACAACAGAAGUGGCAGCAUUACACGCGGCAGCUAUAUCAUCCUGGACUCUUCUUUUAACAGUCAUGGCACCAGCUGAUAUCUAUAAUUUGCUUACAAGUAAUAAAACAAAUAGUUACAUGCCGUCCCUGAAUAAAUUGUCAGAAUUAUUAGAAUCACCGCAUUUGGAUAUAAGAUUGUCGGCUGGAGAAGCUCUGGCUGUUAUAUUCGAACUCGGUCGAGAUUUCUCUUCAGAUUAUGAGCAAGACUGGGCAUUGGACUUGACUGAGGUAUUAAAAGAACUGGCUACAGAUUCUAAUAAGUACAGAGCAAAGAAAGAUCGUAAGCAACAGAGAGCCAAUUUCAGAGAUAUACUUCGUUACAUAGAGGAGGAUACUGUACCGGAGAUGCACGUGAAAUUCGGCCAAGAAGUUCUCUAUUUGGAAGGAUGGUGCACACGAAUUCAAUACAAUGCAUGCUGCAGACUACUGGGUCCUGGUAUAAAUAUUCAUCUGGCCGUGAAUCAACUUCUCCGCGAAAUUUUCCACCUUGGUAACAAAGUCGUGCCGUUACCAUUAAAUCAGAAAACAAGCAAAUUGGAAAGAACUUUAAUGAACGCAGCCGCGUUUAAAGCCCGUACUAUUCAACGUAAUAAAAACAGAGAUAAACGAUCAGCAGCCUUGGCACCGUAAUUCUUCAAUUUUCUGCUUUUAUACGUUAGAUGAUGACGUCUUUCUUCUUUUAAAAUAAUGUAAACUCGAUUCAAAUUUUUAUUUAUUACAACCCCAUUCGAAUAUGAAACUUAAAUAUAUUUUCCAUAAAUGAUCUAGCUUAAAUUGUAAAUAGAAAAUGAACAUGAACGAGAAAUUAUAGUCAAAUUUGAUUUCAUUUGUUAGUUGAAAUUUUUCUAACUCUAUCCUAAUUAGCCGAAAACCAUUAUUGUUGUAUAAUGUUAGUUAAUACCACUUACGUUUUGUAUAUACUCAACUAAAAAAAUAUGUAUAUACGAUAAGCGCUUGGUGAUGAUUGUCAUUGUUUCUUUGUCAAAUCAAACUACUACUGUCAGUUAACAAUUUUGUAAAGUUUAAUGUUGUAAAUGUUCCGCUAUAAGCGAUAUAUAAUAUAUAUAUACGUAUU